AUGAAGGGGAAAUUAUGUAAUGUAGCAAAUCUUUUAAAAAUUGGUUUACACAAUAAUGAGAUCAUGGGUGGAGUAAAAAAAUCUCCUGUAUACUGCAGCAGGAUGACAAAUACAUUCAGAUAUUUUUCCACCACAAACAAUGUUGAAAAAAAAAAAAUGAACAUGUUUACAGCAAUAAAUUCAGCUAUGCAUAAUGUAUUUGAAAAAGACCCCACUGCUAUACUACUAGGGGAAGAUGUGGCUUUUGGAGGAGUUUUCAGAUGUUCUCUAGAUUUACAAAAAAAAUACGGAGACAAAAGAGUAUUCAAUACCCCACUGUGUGAACAAGGCAUAAUAGGAUUUGCAAUUGGAUUAGCAGAAAAUGGAUUUACAACCAUUGCUGAAAUACAAUUCGGGGAUUAUAUCUUCCCAGCAUUUGAUCAAAUAGUAAAUGAUGUAGCUAAGUAUAGAUACAGAUCAGGAAAUAGUUUCGAUGUUGGAAAAUUAACUAUUAGAUCUACAUGGGGUGCCGUAGGUCAUGGAGGACUAUAUCAUUCCCAAAGUCCAGAAGCAUUUUUUGCACAUGCUGCUGGAAUUAAAAUUAUUGUACCUAGUGAUGCAUAUAAAGCUAAGGGAUUGUUACUUUCUGCUAUUAAGGAUCCUAAUCCUUGUUUGUUUUUUGAACCCAAAAUUCUCUACAGAUCAUCAGUUUGUGAAGUUCCAGUUGAAUCAUAUGAAUUAGAAUUAGGGAAAGCAGAUGUAGUAAAAGAAGGAACUGAUUUAACUAUUGUAACAUGGGGUUCAUUAGUUCAUAAAAUGAAAAUAGCAGCAGAUACAUUAUUAAAAAAACACAAAAUUGAUUGUGAAAUUAUCGAUCUACAAACUAUUAUUCCAUGGGAUAUAGAAACAGUUCAAAAAUCGGUAGAAAAAACAGGAAGACUUCUAAUAACACAUGAAGCUCAAGUAACCAACGGAUUCGGUGCCGAAAUUGCUGCAAAAAUUCAGGAAAGAUGUUUUUAUAAUUUGCACACACCAAUUAAAAGAGUAUGUGGUUAUGACACACCAUUUCCUCAUGUGUACGAGCCCUUUUACAUGCCGGACGAGCAUAAAGUUGUUUAUGAGGCAAAAAAAAUGAUGGCCAAUUAG